AUGCAGACUGCUUCUACAAACAUUUGUGAAAGAAUGGGCUGCUCUCAGGAGCUCAGUGAAUUCAAGCGUGGUACCAUGAUAGGUUGUCACCUGUACAAUAAGUCUGUCCGUAAAAUUUCCUUGCUACUAAAUAUUCCACAGUCAACUGUUAGUGGUACUAUAACAAAGUGGAAGCAACUGGAAACAACAGUAAUUAAGCCUCAAAGUGAGCGGGGUCAGCGCAUGCUGAAGCACACAGUGCGCAGAAAUGGGCAACUGUCUGCAGAGUCAAUAGCUAAAUACCUCCACACUUUAUGUGGUCUUCAGAUUAGCACAAAAGUGCAUGCAAAAUAUUGGAUGCAGUGG